CCAAUUAGAAUUUGCUUAGGGCUUUAUCUGGCUCCCAAGAAGAAAAGUUCGAAAAGGGUAACGACUACGUUGUUCCCGGCACGUUAACACAAAAAUUCUGCGUAAACAAAAUUGUAAACAACGAUUACGAAGUAAUCUACCAUAUCUCUGCAUGCUUUUGUAAUAUGUGGGCGCUAGAGUGGGCGUGGUCUUUGGCAUUGAAACAUUGUAUUGGCAAAAAAAGAGCUAUUGCUAGUUUUUGCAGGUUGUAGGCGAUAGUGUAAAAUUAAUAUAGGUUAUAACUUAUAUACUAGAUCUAUAUAUACUAGAUUUAAGUACUGUCGUGCAAAUUGUAAGCAGAUAACACUAAUUGGAACACCAUAGCAUGCAUAUAAGAGCAAAUUGUAUUUGUGAAAGUCCAGACAAAAUCUUAAAAUGUCAGUCUUUACGGUCACUAUAUUCGUACUAUCACUAGUUCUCCAUAGUCUGGCUGAGAAUUUUUGCAGGCAGGAUCUCUGUUCCAAAGGAACCACCCAUAUAGCGUGUAAUGUAAACGGAUCCUUUGGUAGCUCUUGUCCCAAAGAUGCAACCGUGAUUAAACUCAAUCUUGGGGAUAAAAAUGCUCUGAUCAAGGUCCACAACUUGGUGAGACAAAAGUGGGCUAGUGGCAAGGCAAAAAUUAAAAGGACCGCCUGCAAAAUGGCCAAAAUGGAAUGGAAUAAGGACCUGGAAAUGAUGGCACUCUUAAAUGCCAAAACAUGUCUUAUGGGGCAUGCUGAGUGUCACAAUACGGAAAAGUUUCGGCUAUCUGGACAGAAUCUAUUCGCCAUGGGAUUUUGGCAUACUGGGAUAACGAAAACUAAAAUGAAUAUGACGUUAAGCAUGCUCUUCGAGAUGGCAGUUCAAAAGUGGGCAGGCGAGGAAAAGGACAUUACCGCCGAGGACUUAAAGAAAACGCCCCUUAAUCCACCAGAAGUUAUUGGCCACUUGACCGUUUUGAUCAACGAGAAAAGUAAUGCUGUGGGUUGUGGCUUAGUUUCAUAUAAUCUGGGUGAAAUCCGGCGAUACAAUCUGGCCUGUAACUACGCUUAUACAAAUGUUAUUGGCGAGCGUGUUUAUGAAGAAUGCGCCAAGGCAGGCAGUGAGUGCCCAAAGGGAGUUGACUUAAAGUAUCCACCGCUAUGUGCUAAAAUACAAUGAUUUUAA